AUGGAUGAAGCCAAACAACCAAGUGGAAAGUGCCCAAAGCUUUCGGACGCAGAGCAAAACAUGGCCUCGAUCGAUAGGCUCAGCAGCUUGCCGGAUGAAGUCAUAUUCCACAUUCUCUCUUUCCUCCCGACAAGGCAAUCAGUGGCGACCAGUGUUCUCGGAAAAAGAUGGAGGUUUCUAUGGGCCCAUGUACCCUGUUUGCAUUUCAGUGAAGACGAUUUCAAGAAAGAAGGUUUCUGGGAAGAAGAAACACAAGUCUGGGAUGAUUUCAGGGAAGAAGGAACACAAGCCUCAGACAUCAUCAACAGGGUUAUAUUGCGGCACAAGGCAAAAAGGGUGGAUAAUUUAACACUCUCUUACGUCAACUGCAACGAGUAUCAACUGGAGACAUUGAUUACAACUGCCAUCAACCGUAGUAUCCGAAGUCUUUAUCUUGAACAUAGUUUGGAUACAUUUCCUCGAUACCUCUUCAACUGCAAAACCAUUGUCGACUUGAAGCUUGAUAACUAUAGAGUGUUACUCUCUGCUGUGGACAAUGUCUCUCUCCCUAGCCUCAAGAAGUUUUAUGUUUCUAAUGUGGUGUGCGAGAAUGAUGAUGCACUUCCUCGCAUUCUUUCCGGCUGUCCGUCGCUCGAGGAGUUGAAUAUGGCAAUCCACUUAGGAUAUAAUUAUGUGGGCUGCAUAAAUAUAUCAUCGCCCACAAUAAAGACGCUUAAGCUUGAUAUUGACCAUAUGUUGCGUCCAUCUAACCUUGAAUAUAGGAUGAUAAUAAAUGCCCCGGCACUUAGGUAUCUCCAAGUGUAUGCCUAUAAUUUUGCCUUGGAAUGGAUAACAAUGCCUAUAACCAUGAACUCCUUAGUUGAGGCGGAUAUCUGCUUCAAAUAUUGUUGGUUCUUACAUGUCAAAACAGAUUACAACUCCAUGGAGAUGAAGUUUCUUAAUUCUCUUUGUUAUGUGAAGUGCCUGAAAAUAUCUGGUUGGAGACUCGAGGAGGUUAAAAUGCAGGAGAUCUCGGGUGAAGAAGUGAAAUGUGGAUUUCAAAAUGGAGGAGAAGACGAGGGUUCGAUUUACUUCAUCCUUGCGCAUAAAAUGAAGUGA